CUCUGGGUUUCGUCAUCUCUCCUGACCACAGAGGAGGUCUGUUCCUGCUCCUGAUCGUCAAAACACCACAGGCUGUCCAGCAUCAUGAGUCAGCGGACUGAGCGGCGGGGGGGAAUACACGUGGACCAAUCAGACCUGCUGUGCAAAAAGGGAUGCGGUUACUAUGGCAACGCAGCAUGGCAGGGCCUGUGCUCCAAGUGCUGGAGGGAGGAGUACCAGCGGGUGCGGCAGAAACAGAUCCAGGACGACUGGGCCUUGGCAGAGAAGUUGCAGCGAGAGGAGGAGGCGGCAUAUGCCAGUAGUCACGGAGCACAGACACAGUCCCACACCCAGUCCACAGCACCACAACCACACCCGGGACACGCCUCUCUGGGACCCUUCUCCAAGUUUGAGGAGAAGAAAACCAAUGAGAAGACACGCAAAGUGACCACCGUUAAAAAAUUCUUCAGCCCUUCGUCACGAACUGCUCCCAAGAAAGAAACCCAAGAGGGCAAGACACCCAGUCCGUCCAUUAGCCGCCAUGCCAGCUUUGAUACAGACCAGGUGUCCAAGGACUUUGUGGAGUUUUUAAAAAACCUCCAGAAGCCCGGCCGGGAGAUCCACAAGCAGUGCAGAGCCUUCCUUGUGAAUAUGUCGAGCAAAAAGGAUCUGAGUGCUGAAGAGCUGUCGGAGUGCGUCCAGGAUUUCUACCAGAACCUGGCCGACCGCUUGAUGGGUCACUUCAAAGGGUCCUCAGAGUCAGUGGAGCAGGUGAUGGACCAGGUGGAAAAGUACAUAAUGACUCGUCUGUAUAAGAGUGUGUUCUGUCCAGAAACCACUGAUGACGAGAAGAAGGACUUGGCCACACAGAACAGGAUAAGGGCGUUACACUGGGUGACCAUCCAGAUGCUCUGUGUGUCUAUGGACGAGGAAAUCCCUGAAGUCUCUGAGAAUGUGGUCAAAGCAAUAACAGAUAUCAUUGAGAUGGACUCGAAGAGGGUUCCUCGGGAUAAACUCGGGUGCAUCACUCGCUGCAGUAAACACAUCUUCAGCGCCAUCAGGAUCACCAAGAACGAGCCGGCCUCAGCUGACGACUUCCUCCCCGCGCUCAUUUACAUUGUGCUCAAAGCGAACCCUCCGCGACUUCAGUCCAACAUCCAGUACAUCACCCGCUUCUGUAACCCCAGCAGGCUGAUGACCGGAGAGGACGGAUACUACUUCACCAACCUGUGCUGCGCUGCGGCCUUUAUCGAGAAGUUGGACGCUCAGUCUCUAAAUCUUUCCCCGGAGGAAUUUGAGCGCUACAUGUCAGGCCAAGCCUCGCCGCGGUGCAACAGCUCAGAGGGCGACUGGGCCCACGCUGACCCGGCACCUGCCCCGACCAACCCUGUGCUGGCUCAGCUCAACCACAACCUGGAGGUGCUGUCGGGCCUCAGCAGCCGGCAGGAGACGCUGAUGGAGGCGGCUCAGAGUCUGCAGGCCGACCUCCUCGCCUGGCCUGAGAGCAUUCAGCGGGAGGUGAACGACAUCAUAGAGAAAUACCCUCUAGAGGUUCUGUCUCGCACCGUUUCUGCUAUUGAUGCCAACAACGUGGACAAUGACAACCUGCCGCCACCCUUAACGCCUCAGGUGUUCGCUGGGUAGUGCAGUCGACAAAGAAAAGGGAAAACAUUUCACAUACAGCAACGGUACACCUGCUUUGAAUAGUCCGCUCACUGCCCACAGCGUUUAGAGUUUCAUGGUAACUUCCCACAUGCACUAACCUCCUGAGUAUCUCGCUACGCUUCUUGUGCUCCUAAAUCGCCCGGUCACACUGGUUUUCUUAACAGAGAAGUCAGUUCAUUUCAGUGGAUUCGCUUGCAGGGGUGAAACAAAUCUGUAUAAAUCUUUCAACUUUGGUGAACUUUUACCAGUAAAUUUGCAUCCUUGACUGAUAGCUGGAUGGUGCUAACCUUUGGGGGAACAGAGAGAGACGGAGAAUCCAAAAUAAAGGAUUAUUAGUGGAGGAAAAGAAAUGCAUUUUCUCAAGUACUGUACUUAAUAACAGUUUUGAGGUACGUGUCGAUUACUUGACGAUUUAGAUUUUCCACUUUAUCCUUCAGCUCCACUACUUCUCAAAGGGAAAUAUCAUACUUUCAAAUCUGCUAUAUCAACCACAAAUGACCAUUUGUAAAUCAAUUAGUCAAACAAGAAGUUUUUUCUUCUCUAAAAUCAAUUAGUCAUGCCAUGCUACUUUGAGUCUGAGAAGAAAUCUUAUUCUCGAAUGUCUCCACGGAAAACGGCAACGUAUUGAUUUACUGACUGAUUAGAGACCACGUCAAAGAACAGCAAAACUCAAAGCACCCGUUUUCCCACGGUCAUGAAAUUCUUGGAAAAGUUAUGAAAUCCAGGCCUGGAAAUUGUUUAGAAUUAACCCUGUCAAACCUAGGCACACAUCUAACCAUUACAUUUUACGGUUAACCUUAAUUUUUCGAGGUAUUGCAUGCACUCAGAUUCAGGCAAGAUCACAAAACAGUUAUUAGAUGUGUUUAUAAAACAAAUGUCUGUUUGACAAUAAAUAAAUACAUGCAGACUCGUUACAAUUAAGAUGCAAACACAAAUUGCAUUGAAAUCAAUAAACAUGAUCUUCAUUUUUCUAUCCACCAAAAGGGAUUCAAGGGAGUUCAAUUUUAAAUAGUGAGGUUUUAGUGAAAAUGCAUGUGAUAUAAACUGAUGUAGUGAAUCAAUAAAUAAAUAAAUUUGUUGCCAUUUUCUGUGGAGGCAUUUGAGAAAAUUAAGGUUUUCUUUACAAAUUCAAGGUGACACAACAUGACUUAUAGAUUUACAAAUUGUUAUUUUGUGGGUGAACUAUUCCUUUAAGUUCCUUUACAGUAGGGUAGUGGGAUACAGAGAAAAUGUCACAGUAUUUUUGACCAAAUACCUUUGACUACUGGUGCUUUCAUAAUAUAUUUACUCAAUGGGAUUUUUGAUGAAUAAUCAUCAGUAAUGUGGAUAAAAUGACUAACUGGAUAAAGGCAAAUAUUAGAACAGCAAGAAAAAUCUGGUAAAUUAAUAAAAUUACAUCAUAUUACUGUAAUCCAGCUUUUAAAACCAGGAAGAGACGACACUUGUGAUUUUUCUGCUAGAUUUUGAAUAUUGUUAAAAAAAAAAAAAAUCCAGCGUGUCAGAUGCUAUAGACGCACAGAUAAACUUUGCCAGUUUCUGGUGUGACCGGGUUUUAAUGCUAUUACACAGCUGCCAACUGCUGUCAUUUUCACCAUUAGUAACAAGUUAGUGGUUCGUCUGAAAUCGCACAAAGACAAAAUAAUCGCAAGUAUGAACUUCUGUUUGUUUGUGAUGUGUUUGAGUUUCUAUUUG